AUGUCCUGGCCAGAGCAACUCGUGUCAGAGAAAUUCUUGAUGAGCAAGCUUCUGCAAAGAGAAGGCUUACCGGUGCUCUUGGGGGAAGCUCUUCUGAGUCUGCAGCAGAAAGCUCUUCUGGGGAUAGUUGGAGAGAACCAGGCAGAAAACUCUGUAGAUAGCCUGGAGAAAAAACUCGAUACGUUGGAGGAGAGAUUUGAUAUAUUUGAAAAGAAGUUUGAUACGUUUGAGAAUACAAUUGAUAAAAGAAUGACCAGAUUUGAAGCAGAGAUGAAGGAGGGACAGUUACGGAUGGAGGCAGCAAUCUUGAGAUAUCUAUCUCUAUAA